AUGUCUGAGAAUACUAGCGACCUUACAGGAUUGCUAGAAGAUGAAUACAUCGAAAGAAAGACUCAGUACAAACAACAAAAUGUACAGCCGGGACUUAGAAGGCCCAGCCAAGAUUUAGUUGUUUGCAUUAUGUUUGGACUGCUUUUUGCAUUACUUUCAUAUAUUGACGUAUUUCUACACAUCCUUGGAGAUAUGGUUGUGAUGAAGACGCAGAUUCCAAGCUCAAUAUUGUUCAUAAAGUCUGUAUUGGUUGUACCGGUGUCUUUCUUCUUCAUUGAUGUUGUUCAAAGGAAACUAAAAACUCUAGGCCCUUCAAGAAUGUUUGAGAUCAUCCUUCUGUGCUCUUCUGCAUUUCUGCUGCUUUUUGGAACUGUUAUCUGGCCAAAUAGCAAAGCUCUUCAAAUAGACUUCUUCUGGUCAAGAGACAUAUUCUCUGAGGGUAAGAUGAAUUCAAGACGACUAGAUUUUCUUUUUCCUACAUUUUUAGUAUUCAACGAAUGGAUCUCUAGUGUGUUGUACCUUAUUUCUGAGCUCUGGGGAUCUCUGAUUGUGUCGUUUAUGUUUUUUUCGCGAUUAACGCAUCAAUGCACAGAAUCACAGUUAAAAAGGUUUUUUCCAAUGCUUUCGCUGAUUUCUGGAGUGGCCAUGCUCUCUUCAGGUCUUUUGAUAAGGAAUUUAAAUAAGCACAGAGAUGGGCUGUGCUUUGAUGACAAGGAAACUAUGUUUUCAAGGGUGUUUGUAGUAGCUUCGAUUCUUGGAUUGGUUACAACGGGAAUGAGUUUUUUUACAGACAGGUUCCUUACAAAGCAGCAGAGUAGUAUGAAGGAUGUGGCGCAUAUAGAUCAAAAGAUGACGCUUUCGAUGUCAUUGAAACUAAUGCAAAAGUCAAAGCUUCUUGCAGCCAUGACAACCAUUGUGAUAAUGUCAUCUGUAUGUUCUGGUGUUGUUGAGGCAACAUAUCGGGGAGGAAUAACACUGGGUGCUGCGCAAGCAUCCACCACGAUUCCUUCCUAUGUUAACAGACUGAAUGCCCUUGCACAGAUAAUAACAUCGAUUUUUCUGCUUGUAAUUUUUUUCAAGCCAGCAGGCCAAUUCAUAGACAAAAAGGGAUGGCUGCCUGUAGCAAUUGUUGCGCCUGCCAUGGUAGUUAUAUCGCUUCUAGUUUUUUUUCCGAUUGUUUUUGUAAACCUGAGGAAGGAGGAAAUUGCAAGGUUUGUGCUUGAAAAUUACAUUGGGAUGGUUGUUGUGUCAUUGAUUAGAAUAUCGAAGUACUGCUUCUUUGACAUAUCGAAGGAGGCGGUUUCCAUCAGGAUAGAUCCUAUGCACAGGCAGAUGUUUAGAGGAAUACAUGAUGGCCUGGGAAUAAAUGUUGGCAAGACAAUAGGAUCGUUGUACUGUACGAUUGUAACCAUGAUAUUUGAUGUAAGAGAGAUACGAAGCAUGGCACUAAUAUCCUCGGUGUUUAUAGCAGGACUGUGUAUUGUGUGGAUCCGAUCGAUUCUGUGCAUAAAUCGGAGCUAUAAAGAGUCUAUUGUGCGAAAUGGUUUUGCUGAUGUAGGAGCAAUAGCUCAUUGA